AUGGCGACAGCUAACAUUCCUUCGAUUGCCGUUGUGGCCUCAUCGCGUGCCGUCAUCUCCGGCCGUUUGACCGCUGCUACUGUGGUCAUCUCUCGCACUACUGGCAAGAUUACCGCCGUCUUCGACUCCGUGAUCCCCGUAUCGGAGUUUCCCGAAGGCACACCUUACACCGACUACUCGCCAUAUGUGCUUUUGCCCGGUUUGGUUGAUGCUCACGUCCACCUGAACGAGCCUGGCCGUACGGAAUGGGAGGGCUUCUACACCGGCACCCAGGCUGCUGCCUUUGGCGGUGUGACCACUGUCAUUGAUAUGCCUUUGAACGCUAUCCCUCCUACUACUACCGUGGCGGGCUUGAAGGAGAAGCUCAAGGCUGCCCAGGGUAAGUGCUGGGUGGAUGUUGGUUUCUACGGUGGUAUCAUUCCCGGCAAUGCUGGUGAACUCCAGGGUCUUGUGAACGAGGGUGUCCGUGGUUUCAAGGGUUUCCUGAUUGACAGUGGUGUUGAAGAGUUCCCCGCUGUGACUCAAGAAGAUAUCAAAAAAGCAAUGAUUGAGCUGGCCGACCAGCCCACAACGCUCAUGUUCCACGCUGAGAUGGUCCCACCAAUUACAAAGUCCGUGGGCGACGAGGUUCAAUCUUCUGAACCCCCGGCUGCCCCGACUGGCCCCCUGGAGGCUUACUCCACUUUCUUGGACUCUCGGCCUUCAGAGUUUGAGACCUGCGCCAUUGAGAGUAUUCUGUCCCUGGCCCACCUCGCCCCCAACCUUCAAUUGCACAUUGUUCACCUCUCUGCUAUGGAGGCUAUUCCAAUUCUGCGCGAAGCUCGUGCCCGUGGUGUGAAGAUCACCGCUGAGACCUGCUUCCACUACCUGUCACUGGCCGCCGAGGAGGUGCGUGAUGGCGACACUCGCCACAAGUGCUGCCCACCCAUCCGCUCUAAGAUGAACCAGGAUGGUCUGUGGGAGGAGCUGGAGAAGCACAACGGCGACGGUGUCAUCAAGACUGUCGUCUCGGACCACUCUCCCUGCACUCCUGAGCUGAAGCAGCUUCCUUCCCACGUGCCCGGCGCCAUUGAAGGCAAGAACGAGAAGGGCGACUUCUUCUCCGCAUGGGGUGGUAUCUCCUCCGUUGGUCUUGGACUUCCCAUUCUUUGGACCGAGCUCAGCCGUCGUAAGGGCUUGACUCCUUCUCCCGAAGACGUGAACACCAGAAACGCUCUCCAAGACAUCGUCCGCCUCUGCUGCGCUAACACCGCCGCCCAGGUCGGUCUGCAGACUCAGAAGGGUGAUCUGCGUCCUGGUUUUGACGCUGAUAUCUGUGUCUUCGAUGACUCCGCCGAAUGGAUCGUCGAGCCUAGCACAAUGCUCUUCCGCAACAAGUGCUCACCCUACCAGGGACGCACCUUGCGCGGUAUGGUCCGCGAGACCUGGCUUCGUGGCGAGCGCAUCUUCAGCCGGGAGAGCAACUUUGGCGACCAGCCCCCAGCUGGAAAGCUGCUCCUCGAGAAACGAGUUUGA